GUCUCAUUCCUUGUCAUGAUGGCGGUGAUGAUCACAUGGAGGUGGUUGAUGGCUGUUCUAAAUAUGGUGGACGACGGUGGUUCCGAGCUUGUUGGACUUCGCAUGACCCUCCCAACAUCCUUCGCCCCUCCUACGCUUCCCCCAGGAUAUGUUAAUUUCACUCCACCAUCCGAUUCGAAUCUGUUAUCAUCCGACGAUCAGUGCUCCCACACGUGUUAUAUCCCAUCUUCUUCGUCUUUGUACACAACCAUCAAUGUGGUGCGCCUGAAAACGAAACCUUUUUUCUCUCACCGCGCAAGAGUCGGAAUCCGGUUUGCAGUAAGCCUUCGUUAUCUCUUUUUCACUUAUUCUUCUCUUGAUUUCUUCUGA